AUCUAUUUACCAAUAAAAAGAUUAUGGUUUUAACCUACAGUUAUAAUAAAAAAAUAAUAAAUAUAUUUUUAUCACUCAUAAAUUAUUUGUAUCGCAACAUUUUAGAACGUUUAAAAAGUUAAGUUUUUUGACAAGGAUGACGUUAGCAGAGGAACUGAUGAUAAUCGUACUAUACCCUGGAGCGCAUAGCAGUGGCUUUGUUCGUUUGGUGAAUGAACAAGUAAUGCAGUUUUUCAAUAAUUGAAAACAGAUUGUCAUUCAUUAAAGAAGCGAAUUUAUUCUGUGUAUUACUUAGAGAAGUGGAUGAGUUCAAUGGCUGGUGAUAAUAUUCCAAGUCAAAAUUCAAUUAUCAGUGAAACCUGCUAUGAAGAAUUUUACUCGACAUAACAUAAUUCGUAAGAAAUGCAGAAAUGUAGUUGGAUUUUUCUCCUGACUAACGUCCACGGAGGAAAGUUGAAUAAAAGCACGGACUUACAUUAAUAUGAACACAACGCCUUUACAAUUCGUACAAGAAGUAGAUACAGAUAAAACUCUACGUAUAGCAUGUUUAAGCAAUUAAUUUUGCUCCAGAGAACAUUAUGUGUGAUUCUGUGCACCGAAGACAUGCCCCAAGAUUUUACAAUAAAUGGAACUUCAUGAAAAAUCUUGGUAGUGUUUUAAAAUCCUACUGUAUAUCAAUAUUGUCCGAUGUGUAUUAGAUUAAGAAGUGUACUACAAUCCGAAGGUAAUUAAAACAUAAAAAACAAUAUAAAUAACAAUUGAAAAAUUUGGUAAACGGGUCGUAUUGCAAAUGUAUAAUUAUUUGACAAACUUGUACUUUUAAAAGACCGUCAUAAAUUAAAAUUUUUAAAAUUCUAUACUGGCGCCAUCUAUACACUAAUGGCUUGUAGAAGAAAGACUGAUAAAACAGACACGGUCAAAUUUGAAAUUCCUUUUCAUAGGCAAUUUAAUUUUGCAAUUAAUUUAUAAUUAAUGUGUGACACCACCAAAGGCUUCAUAUUCAGGACACAAAUUCAGGACCCCUUGUAAAGAAAGGCAUGUUCAAUUUUGCUUUAUCUGUAGUUACUUGCUGCAAUCAGUUGUAAUGGCUGCUUACAGUGUUAGCACAUGUUUGCGGUUAAUUCAGUGAAUAAUUAGUACAGUACAAGAAAGUUAAGAAUAUCUUUUAUUUACAAGUUAUUACAACAACAUUAUAUCAAACUGAAUAGGUUACAUUUGAUUUUAUUUAAAAGAACGUUAAACAAUAAGUUUUAAGAUGGCUACGUCGCUUGCGGAACAACUAAAGAAGUUAAGAGCACCACAGACAGAAAUAUUGUUACAUGAUAAAAAACGUGCUAGCUUGUUAUUUGACCAAGCAGAAGCAGCUAAUUUAGACAGAGAAACUGUUUUAAAUAUAGGUCAAAAUGGAUUGCAAGAACUGGUGAAAUUAUCAGAUUUAUUUUUAGCCUUUGAGAAAACACUAUUUGCAGAGAGUUCGCUAAAUCUCGAACGUUCUGUACAAGAUAAGAAAGUUAACAAAAAGUUAGAUGAUGAAAUUCAGAAAUUUCUAAUUCUUCUAUCACCUUACUUUCUACUUAAUGUUGCCCAUAAAGCACUUGAAUGGUUGAUACAUAGAUAUCGUAUACAUGCAUUCAAUAAAGAUCAAUUUUUACUAUUAAUUUUACCUUAUCAUGAAACCAGAAUGUUUGCCAGAGCAUUACAAUUGUUAGAUGUAUCGGAUGCAGCUGAUAAAUGGCACUGGUUACAACCUCUUCAAAAACGAGCCGUUCCAUUAGCUUCAAUAACGCUAAUCAAUCGUCUUGGUUCCGAUAAUAGUUUCUUAAAGUUAAUUUGUAACCACGUUAUCACUGCCACAAGGGUAUAUUCAGAGGAAGCAUCAAGAUUGAGUACUCUGUACGCAUUUUAUACCACUUCCGUGUUAGGUGUUAUCGAUCAGCAACCCACUGUAUCUGAAGUCCAAUUAAAUCAUAUGUUACCAACCAUUCUAAAAAGUUUAGAAUGUACAGUUGACGAUCUGGCGGCCAGUAGUUACAUGAUAUUAGGGAAAUUAAUGAUCAAAGUGAAACUGAACGACGAAACUACAGAGAAGUUGCUGUUAAAGAUGUUCAAGAGAACGUAUCUAAAAGAAGAAGCUACGAUUUUGCUAUUUUUCUUGUACAAUGCAUCAGCCAAUCGUCUCAGUACAGUAUCAAAGAGUCUCGCGCUUAGAUUGUCAGAGUUAUCAUGGUUUAUCGAACUAGCCAUUAAAGUUCAAUCGUCCAACAUAAACAUAUUAAAAUUUAUCGUACCUCUGCUGCAAACUAGUUGUCGGGUGAUCUUGGAAGAUCCAUCGGGAACGUUACGUGUCCAAAGGAUGGUGAGCCAGAUUCUGAUGCGAAUAAAAUUGGACAGCACCGGUGUGGACACUAUUUUGUGGAACAUAUUAGAGAAGGAAUUUCUAUCCGCAAACAUAACAGACGAAGCGAAAAAUUUCCUUACGCAAUUGUACCAGUGUCUGGAGAAAACUUAUCCAGAAAGGUUUGACGAUUACUUGAAGAGCCUAAUGAAACGUAGCGACACGGACGACAAUUCAAAGCUGGCAUUGCAGUUCCUUACCUCCUGGCAUUUUGGAGCUAGAGAUACGCAGGAAAUCGUUGGUAUCCUUGAUCGUUUGAUCCACGUUAGCCCGGAACAACGAAUCAUGGCGUUACAGAGCUUGGCGAAGGACAACGUGAAUAUACCUGAAAGCUUUCGGGAAAUGAUUACGAAUACUAUACAAUCUAGAUUCAGCGACAGCGAGGUGAAUGUAGUUAAAGCUUUACUUUCUUUCUCCACGAAACGUCUGACGAGUCUGAUGCCUGUUAAUACGUUAAUCGACGAAUUGAAAGUAUUGCUUUCCUCGUGCCACACCGCCAGCAGGAAGAUACUGGCUAAAAGGGCAUUGGCAAUCUUGUUGGAGCUUUGCGAGGCAGGAGACGAUACCAGCGUGUUUCUCACAGCUUUGCCCUAUCUGUUUCCAUCAAACGACGCGGAUGUGGACAUAGCGAUGGAAGUACUGAAAUCGAACUUCGCUAAGAAGAACGUGUACAUGCAACGCGUGCAGAAGGACUUGGAUAAAUCACCGAACGCCGAAGCGAUUUCUUCAGCAGCCUUUCAUAACGUCCUCGAUUGGGAAUUGCUACCUCCAACAGGCAGUAUAUUGAGUGCUAUGAAGCAACAGAUUGCUCGCGGCGACGCAGCCUCUAUCUUUUUUAAUCUCAUCCUCUUGGGCUCGGUCUGCAGAGUCCCAGUUGGAUCUUUGAACCCUGAGAUAGCUAGAGAGGUGAUCGAAAUGGCCACGUCGAUGAUCAAGAACUUCCCACAGGUGAAAACAUUGCAGAAUUGUAAUAAUAUAACUGGUUACAACAUACAGACCGCCAUCGAGUUGACGUCCCAGGGAGUACUGCCUUUGCAAGUGGUCACAUACGUGUUAGAAAUGGUUCACAGACGUCUCGAUCUGAAAUCUAAUCCUACCAUUGAUUUCGAGAAUAAUCAGCAUCGCAGUAAUCUAAUCUUGAGACUGUUGGAGAUGUUUUUCGAGGGUAUAGGUAACAGGUACUGGUGCAAGCAUUACUCUCGAUGCCUGCAAAUAUUCUUCCAAAGACACUUCACAACCGUGACAGACGUAAUUCGCUUUCUGUCACAGCUUUACGUAAAGCCUGUUAAAGUGCAAACGUCCUUUCAUUGCCUGAAGAUAACCCAAGUACUGCUGGGUCAAUGCAAGUCCAUGCAAUGGGCGUUUCAGGAUAAACAAUUCGUCUCCAAUUUAUUGAUCUCCCUCGCCAGGGAGAAUAACGUUUGUCGAAAUGUCGCGUUAGACGUACUCGAGAAGCUAACUCAAACAGUUCAAUCGACAACAGACUCGUUUUCAGCCUUGUUGCAAGAAUUGGUAAUCAGAAGUCCAGAGAUAUCCAUGGAUCCUGACCAGUUAUCGUUGUCCCUUUACGUCCUACUGUCGCCUGAUCCGGACGUUAGCGGACAACUGAAGUCGGACGUACGAAAGAAUCUUCAGCAAUCGCAGCAAUUGUUGUUCGAGGUCGUGAUGGACCCAAAUACUCCUCUGCACGUGAAAUCACAACUUCUGGACAUUCUGGUCUAUGUCAAUGGACCAACGAUACUUCAACAGCUGGCUCCACUGGGACUACAACUUCUACAGAGCCUUUCCGAAUCCAGGAACAGAUCAGCAGAGAAUGUAUUGAAGAAUAUACUUCAGAGAUUCAACAGUUCAACCGUGACUGCUCUUACCGAGCCCCAAGUAUGGCAGUUGUUUGAAAAAAGCAUAGUUGAACAUAAUAUUAUCAUGACUGCAGGGUCUAGCGUACAACAUUUAGCCAGCGUCGUUCUCUUGAAGCAGAUAGGAGAAGUGUUCUUCGACUGCGCUGGUAAAGUAUCCCCAGAACUUCAGAAGAAGAUCCUCGCUAAACUAGUGGACGUGCUGACCGACAGUGACGCGACCAGCGUCAUUUCCGCGGCUAACAAAGCGACGAGGAAGAUCCGAGUGCAUGCCGAGCUGAUCGUCAACGAGCUACAGAACAUGAAGAAUCUUAAGAACGAGACUGCGAGCAACGCUGACGGAAGGACCAAGAAACGACUCAGUCAUAUUCGUGCCCUUCCAGAUCCAACGAUUAUCAACAAAAGGGAAUGGAAGCGAGGAGUGACCCUAUUGGAAUUCGUACAACGCGCAGACAACAUAGAGCACGAAGAGCUACUUUAUCCAAUUUUAUUCGAUCUACUGAAGACAUGUCUCAGCUUCGAGGAACAGAGUCCCAUCGAGUACACUAAUCAACUACUCUUGUCCACGAUUCACAGGUUGACGGAACAAAAAUUACCGAUACGAGACGCUCAGUUGCACGUCGACAUGAUCACCCAGUGCAUCAGGACGUCGAGGAACCCGCAGACCCAUCAUCACGCUCUCUUGGUCCUGGUGGAGCUAUUGAAGGUGGUGGAUGUCCGAUGCGCUCUGUACACCAUCAUGCCUAUAUUCACCUUCAUGGGUAGCUCGGUUGUGCGUCAAGACGAUGCGUACUCCAUACAGAUCAUCUCCAAGACCAUCGAGACGGUGGUGCCGAUCAUAAACGCAGCGGAGAGCGAGACCCAUGCAUGCGAGGUCCUAAGAACCUUCAUCGUUUCGCUACCUGAUAUACCGGAACACAGACGGACUCCUCUGUUCGUGAAGCUGUUGCAAUUGUUAGACAAUCACUUCCAUUUGUACUAUCUGUUGAGUUUCGAGAGUCACGUUAUGUCGAGUACAAUGCGCAUCACGAAUCAAAAGACACCUGGACAGAGGCUGGAGUUCGCUCUGCAGGUGUCUCAAGAGUUUCCACCCAUGAGGCUCAUCAUGGUAUGCGUGAAAGUGACGCAGUUCAUGAGGGAGCUACCGGUGGACGUAGAGGAGGAAGAUGGCAGAAAAGCUGCGAUUAAUUUUAAGUACAAACACAUCUUCGACGUGGCCAACUGCAGUCCCAAACACCUGAGACACUACAAGUACACCCUGGUCCAGUUUCUGAGUAAUCUUCUCGCUUCACCCGACUUUAUCAGUCGCGUUGCCGAGCUUGAUUCCUCCGAGGUGGAUAAAGCGAGACCUUACUACGAUCAGCUGAUCGUCGAGUUAGUACUAUUGAUCCAGAGUACCUCGAAGAACGCCGACAGGGAUCAAGGAAAACCAAUGGGAAAGUAUUGGAAAGUCUUGCUGCAUCAUCUAUACGAUGUGCUUGAUCUGGUUAACAAUCUACUGCCGAACGCGGUCUUCUUGGUCAGCGUGAAACGUCUGAUAGAACACGAGCUGCCUACGGUGAAGAGGAAGAUCUUGGAGCUUCUGAACACUCGUCUGCAACAACGGAAGUUCAGCGAGGAGGAUCACGUUGAGUUACUGAGCCUGAUCGAGUCUCUGUUAAAAUUGAUCGAGCCUAAAGCAAAGUACGAGACACAGGAACAAGAGAUUAUACAGCAGACCGUCCUGAUUACCCUGAAAUUGUUGGCGAAAUUGUUGGCCACUGAACAUCCAGCAGUGUUUAAACCGAUCCUUGAAAUGACCACCGAGCUUCUGCGAACAAGGGAGGGGCCGGUUUUGGGCAGCGCCGCACUUUGCGUUGCAGAAUUGUGCAGCUCGAUGCGCAUUCACGCGAUACACUCGCUGAAUAAAUUCUUACCGGCGAUUUUACAGUUACUGGAGAAUCAUUGUUAUCAAGAUGUCCCAGACGUGAUAGUCGUCAGCAUAGUCAGCGCUUUGCAGAAGAUAGUCGAGUCUGUGGGUAACUUUCUGUCUCUGUACCUGGACCAGUUGUUGUUCGAACUGGCGAGGUUGAAUUCCUUUUACACUGACACGGAACAUUCAAAGAUUGGAACCGUGGUGUCGCGUUUGAACGCAACGACGCAGAAGCUGUCCAGCUGUAUACCUUUACGAGUCUUACUUCCGGCCGUGAAUAGAACGUAUAUAACGUUACUUACUAAAAAGACGUACCAGUGUAUACCAGCACUUAUGACCGUGUUAGCAGAGUCAUUUAGCAGCGUCCAAUCAACUGAUUUAGCUGCUGCCAUACCCGACUUGGCUAAUUUCUUCUUGAAAGUGUUACAAUUUCGCGAGGAUAUUUCUAGUUCCGAUGACGAUAUGGAGGUGGACGGCUCGGAAUUGACUAUGAAGGACGUGGUGAUGGUGGAAGAAAGCGCUAGUAAGGCUUUGGUCGCUUUGGUAUUGAAAUUGAGCGAGGCCACCUUCAGGCCAUUGUAUUACAAGCUGUACGAUUGGGCCGCCAGGAAUCCACAGUUUAAACUGAGAAGCAUUACCUUCUAUAGACUCUCAGCCAACAUAGCCGAAUGCCUGAAAUCACUUUUCGUGCUGUUCGCUGGUCAUUUCCUCAGGCAUGCUGCAUUAUUAUUGAGCAGCAACAAUCCAGCGAUCAUGGAGGAGCCACAGGAGAUGACUCUGCCCGAGGAAUCGAGCAAGAUCGAAUUAGUAGAAGCUAUCUUAUUGACGCUUUGUCGAGUUUUCAGCUACGAUGCGCAUAAUUUCGUGAAUCAAGAAAGAUUUGACAUUCUGACACAACCGCUUGUCGAUCAGCUGGAGAACACUAUGGGUUCGAAGGAGGAAUACGUGAAGAGAGCCAAUGAAUUGGUCGUGCCUUGCGUCGCUGCCUUUGCUAGCGCCAUUCCUGAUGAUUCUUUGCACAAACAUUUAGUGUAUCAAACGUUGCUGAAGACCAGGCAUACGAAACCGUAUGUCAGGAGUGCUGCGUUAAGCGCGGUGGUUGAAAUUGUAAGGAAGUUAGGAGAAGAUUUUAUGCCACUGUUACCGGAAACCAUACCGUUCCUCGCCGAGUUAUUAGAAGACGAAGACGAAGUUACCGAGAAAUGCGCUCAGAACGCGGUUCGCACACUGGAGGAGAUCCUAGGCGAGCCCUUGCAAAAAUAUUUUUAAAUCACCUUCAUUCAUUAGUUACCUCCACGCUUGUUCUUUUACAGUUUAGAGAAAGGAAGGAGCGAAGAAGACAAAAGUAUUAAGAAAAACAUCCGUUUAUUCUUAACUUAGUCACAGUUCGGACGAAAUAUAGAAUAUAUUAUUUCCUUACAUUAUAAUACAUUAUCGUAUGGUGUGUGUGUGUGUGUAUAUGUGUCUGUGUAUUUGUGGUGUAUAUAUGUUUACGCAAAACACGUGGCAGCACUUAAAUAGGCGCCUGAGUAACUAAAAUAUUGACAGAGAAUUUCUAAACGAGCGGCGUAGAGCGCAUUUAUAGUCUUUCUUCGAGAGUGCCUCCGUCAUUUUCGUACGUCUCUCUUUUCACGAUAAACGUGACACUAAAAAAAAUCAAUCCAAUAA